GAGAGCGGGAGGGUUCAUUUGGAUCAAGCAGCUGUCACUUACUUUAUCAACACGAGCCACUUCUAUAUUAAUAUUUCAGUGUAACUGCAUCUCAACUGAGAAAACGGAACUACAAGGGAAAAUUGCGUAAAUAGUAUAUUAGCUAGGUAGGAUGGAGAAGCUUGAGAGUUAUAUUUUCUCCAUUGUUUGCAGUACCUUUUUUCUCGUUUCUUGCUUUUUAUUUUCCAAAAUCACACGGGAGCAAAGAGACCCUUACAUGGACGAGAUCUUUCAUAUUCCGCAAGCUCAAAAGUAUUGCGAAGGCAGGUUCGGAGAGUGGGAUUCUAUGAUAACCACACUCCCUGGCUUGUAUCUGGUGUCCGUUGGAAUAAUUAAGCCGACUGUCUGGCUGGCUGGAUGGACUGGAAAAGCUGUUUGUUCACCUGGAAUGCUACGGUUUAUUAAUCUCCUUUUCAGCUGUGGAAAUCUCUACUUGGUCUAUCUAAUUUUAUAUAAACUGCAUCAAAAAGACAAGUCUGUCACUGCGUCUAAGAGAAUCCUGUCAGCUUUGGCUCUUUCAACGUUUCCAGUGCUCUAUUUCUUCACUUUUCUGUACUACACGGAAUCAGGGUCAACUUUCUUUUCACUUUUUGCUUACUUGAUGUGUCUGUAUGAAAGUCACAAAAUCUCAGCCCUCCUAGGAUUUUGUGCAGUUAUGUUUCGCCAAACAAAUAUCAUCUGGGUGAUUUUCUGUGCUGGACAUGUUGUAGCUCAGAAGAUGACUGAGACAUGGAAGACAACUGUCACCAAGAAAAAGGAGAAUAAGAUUGCUUCGUCAACAGAUAUAUCUAUAACUACAAUUAGAAAUUUUCUCAGAUUUUUCAUGGAAUAUACCCUUUCAACAAAAAACGUGAUUAUUUUGUUAUCAAUUACAUGGCCAUAUCUUCUACUGGUUAUGAGUUUUAUUGCUUUCAUUAUAAUUAAUAGAGGGAUAGUUGUGGGAGACAAAAGCAACCAUGAGGCAUGUCUUCAUUUUCCCCAACUGUUUUAUUUUUUUUCUUUUACACUAGUGUUUUCUUUUUUUCAUUCAUUUUCAUUCAGGAAAGUCUCAAACUUCCUCAGUUCACUUAGAAAGAAACCCAUUUUCUAUCUUUCAGUUUUGACCCUUUUCUUAUUCUUAGUGUGGAAGUUUACUUACAUGCAUAAAUAUUUGUUGGGUGACAACAGACAUUAUACAUUUUAUGUAUGGAAGAAUAUCUUUCAGAAGCAUGAAGUGGUUCGAUAUGCACUAGUUCCUGGUUAUGUAUUUGCUGUAUGGAGUUUUGCUGAUUCACUUAAGUCAAAACCUUUGCUUUGGAAUCUUAUGUUUUUUCUAUGUUUGGUGAUAGCAACAGUACCCCAAAAGCUUCUGGAGUUUCGGUACUUUAUUCUGCCAUAUUUAAUCUAUAGGCUGAAUGCUUCUGUGCCAUCUGUUUUUAGACUGCUUUUAGAGCUAUGUUUAUAUACAUUUGUCAAUGCAUUGACUUUUUACAUCUUUUUGAAGAAAACCUUUGUUUGGCCUAAUAGUGAAGAAGUGCAAAGAAUAAUGUGGUGACACCAUAUGCCUUCUUUUGUAAUCAUCUAUGAAGUGGACACAACAUUAUGCUUAACUAUCUGUGUAAUGUGCAGGUAAUAUAGGAUGAAACAAUCUAAUUUAUUUAAGAGAUUCACCAAACUUGAUACAUAAGUUUCACAAUGUGGACAUAAUAUGGAAAUAGUAACAUAUUUAUAGGAGAUUUUAAAUUGGGGACAAGUACAGUAAAGACUGAAUGGAGCAUGUAGCUUUUAUCAGGAGAAUAGUAAAUAAAUCAAAGUAAGGUAGCUGGAUUGUUUUAUAAUGCAAAUGUAUUUUGUGUUUCAUACUCUUGUUACAGAUUUCAUAUUUGGGAACAUGUUUGUUCAAUUUGGCGGGUAGAAAAUUUGAAAAUUGUAAACUUAAUGAAACUAUUGUGAAGUUAUGUAAAUAGCAUGGUAUAAAAGCAGGUCAUCAAUUCUAAAGCAAACUGACCGAGUAUGUUUUGUAGAAUGCAUGAUAUAAUGGCACAAUCAAGGCAAAACCAAAAUUCCUAUACACCAGUCAUAAGCUGGCUGCUGUUCAAAAUACUACCUAGUCAUAUUUACAUAAGGUAGGUAUGAUACAAUAAAAUAUCAUUAAUCAUUAGUAUAAUUUGUGAAAGUAUGGGACAGCAGCUGUUUGAGUGGUGCAUUGAGGACUCCCCAGAAGUUUCUUUUAACUUUUUUCACAUGACAAUUACUAAUGGGUUGGUUACAGAGGAAUCCAUAUAUAUUUUCCCGUGUUUUCUGUUUUUUAAUAUUGUUCUUUUGUUGUAGUCAUCUACAAUUGUCUACUGUGUUUCAUAAAAAAAAUGAGUUUUGUGUGUUAUUUUAGGUUAGUAUUCUAUUUCAUGUGUAUUUAUACCCAUUUUAAGAAAUAAUUUCAUAUUAAUACUUGAAUGACUCUGGUUAGCUGUUUAUAUUGGUCAUUUUAUUGUGUUAUGAACUAUAUACACCAACAUGUGAACUAAAUGGUCUGACUAGCAUACUUGAUUGUCCCUGUGUUUUUUUUUUUUUUACUCUCCCUAUUUUCUUUUUCAGCAAUAUUUUAAUGAUACUAGUAUUGAUAUAUGUUUACUUUUUGCAGUUGAUUUUGUCUCUUCAAAUGAUUUUGGAAAUGCUAUAUUAAAUAUGAUUUUCAUACCUUCA